CAGAACAAAACCACCACCAGAAGAAGGCAACCUAGCUUUCUUUCCUUUCCCUUUCCCUUCUGAAGGAACUCUAGAGAGAGAGAGGGGGAGAGAGGAGCCCCUCUUGGAAGAAUGGCUCUCAGAGUGGCCCUUGCGCCGGGGAUGGCUCUCUAUUUCUCUCCCACAAAGGGGAAUGGGAGAUCCCCCAGGGUCUCCAUGGCUUCCACCAUUCCCUCCUCACCAAAGGUUGAGUCUCUGAAGAAACCCUUCAGUCCUCCAAUGGAAGCGCAUUUGCAAGUCACUCAUUCCAUGCCACCUCAGAAGAUUGAGAUUUUCAAGUCCUUAGAGGACUGGGCACAAAAUAACAUCUUGGUGCUUCUGAAGCCAGUUGAGAAGAGCUGGCAACCGCAAGAUUUUCUGCCUGAUUCUUCAUCUGAGGGUUUUUAUGAUGAAGUUAAGGAGCUGAGGGAGCAGUCAAGGGAGAUCCCUGAUGAUUAUUAUGUUUGUUUGGUUGGAGAUAUGAUCACUGAGGAAGCUCUUCCUACAUAUCAAACAAUGCUUAAUACGCUUGAUGGUGUCCGGGAUGAAACAGGCGCCAGCCUUACCUCAUGGGCUAUUUGGACAAGGGCAUGGACUGCUGAAGAGAAUAGACAUGGUGACCUUCUCAACAAAUAUCUAUACCUUACUGGAAGGGUGGACAUGAAACAAAUCGAGAAGACAAUUCAGUAUCUAAUUGGUUCAGGAAUGGAUCCCAGGACAGAGAAUAGCCCCUAUCUUGGUUUCAUUUAUACCUCAUUUCAAGAGCGGGCAACCUUCAUAUCUCAUGGAAACACUGCUAGGCUUGCCAAAGAGCAUGGGGACCUGAAACUGGCUCAGAUAUGUGGCAUAAUUGCUGCUGAUGAGAAGCGCCAUGAGACUGCAUACACCAAGAUAGUGGAGAAGCUAUUUGAAAUAGAUCCAGAUGAUACCAUGCUUGCAUUUGCUGACAUGAUGAAGAAGAAGAUCACGAUGCCUGCCCAUUUGAUGUAUGAUGGGCGUGAUGAUAACCUGUUUGAACACUUCUCUGCUGUUGCUCAGCGGUUGGGUGUCUAUACUGCCAAGGACUAUGCCGAUAUACUUGACUUUCUUGUCCGAAGGUGGAACGUCGAGAAGAUAACCGGCCUUUCUGGGGAGGGGAACCAAGCUCAAGACUUUGUCUGCACUUUGGCUUCCAGGAUUCGGAGGCUAGAAGAAAGAGCGCAAGGGAGAGCCAAGCAAGCACCACACAUUCCCUUCAGUUGGAUCUACGGUAGGGUAGUGCAGCUCUGACACACUUGAUGUCACUCGGUACUCUCCAAUUAGCUGGAAGUUUUUACUGUUUUGACUGCUUCUAGUUGCUUGUCAUAGUAUUCUUCUGCAUCAUUUGGCCACUUGUAGGGUGCUGCAGAAGUGUCUUAGCUAUAAGCCUUUGUGUUUUCUGUUUGAUAAUCUGAGCUGGGCUUGUUCUAGUAUGUAAAUAAUCUCUUUAGCUGCUAUCAUGGAUAUCAUCUGAAGCUGGCAAGGGCUGCUAUUUUGUAGCUUUCAUAAUUGAGUACUUUCAGAUCGGUACUUGCUUUAUGUAUAUAUAGCUGUCUCUUAAGCA